AUGAGCUCCCUGACAGAGGAGGCAGUGGAGAAAUUUCUGGACUCCAACGUUGCCUUUGCAAAAGAAUACUAUGACCUUAAAUUCCGACCUGGGAUCAUAAGUGAUCUACUGAGCUCACAAAAGACAAAGGUGGAUUUUUCCUAUUUUCAUUCUCUAAGUAGUGUGGAGGAAAGUGAGAUUGUUUUUGACCUCAUUAGGGGAUUCCAGGAGAAUGUCCAACUUGAAAGAUGUGUUUUCCAUGUGCUCAAGAGGAUGUCUUUUAUUCUUCAGGCCGACCGUAUGAGUCUGUUCAUGUACCGCAUGAGAAAUGGCACUGCUGAGUUGGCUACCAGGCUUUUCAAUGUUAAUAAGGAUUCUAUCUUAGAGGAUUGUUUGGUGGCACCAGAUUCUGAGAUUGUAUUCCCUUUAGAUACAGGAGUGUUGGGAUUUGUGGCACAGUCCAAAAAAUUAAUAAAUGUUGAAGAUGUGAGAAAGGACCCUCAUUUCUGCACCUUUGUAGAUAAUCUACAAGAAUAUGAAACAAAGAGUAUAUUGUCUUGCCCAGUGAUGAAUGGAAAAGAUGUAGUGGCAGUAAUAAUGGCUGUGAAUAAAACAGACGAGACAAGUUUCACAAAAAAAGACGAAGAGAUGUUCCUUAAGUACCUCAAUUUUGCCAAUCUGAUACUCAAGGUUUAUCACCUGUCAUACCUUCACAACUGUGAGACUCGAAGAGGUCAGAUACUGUUGUGGUCAGCAAACAAGGUUUUUGAAGAGCUUACAGACAUUGAAAGACAGUUUCACAAAGCACUUUAUACAGUCCGCGCCUUCCUAAACUGUGAAAGGUACUCUGUAGGUCUACUGGACAUGACCAAAACAAAGGAAUUUUUUGACCAGUGGCCAAUUCUUAUGGGUGAAGUACCUCCGUAUUCUGGGCCACGGACUCCUGAUGGGAGGGAAAUAUCCUUCUAUAAAGUGAUUGACUAUAUUUUACAUGGAAAAGAAGAGAUUAAAGUUAUACCAAAUCCACCAGCAGAUCACUGGGCUUUGGCCAGUAAACUUCCCAUUUAUGUGGCAGAAAAUGGUCUUAUUUGCAACAUUAUGAACACAUUUGCUGAUGACUACUUUGAAUUUCAGAAAGGUCCUGUGGAUGAUUCUGGAUGGGUUAUUAAAAAUGUCCUCUCUAUGCCAAUUGUCAAUAAGAAAGAGGAAAUUGUUGGUGUCGCUACAUUCUACAACAGAAAGGAUGGAAAACCUUUUGAUGAAAUGGACGAAGUUUUGACUGAAUCUUUGACGCAGUUCCUUGGCUGGUCUGUCCUGAACACAGAUACCUACGACAAAAUGAAUAAACUCGAAAACAGGAAAGAUAUUUACCAAGAUAUGGCCCUCUAUCAUGUGAAAUGUUCAAAUGAUGAACUACAGACAAUCCUGAAAACAAAAGAAUUGCUUAACAAAGAUCCAGAUGAAUGUGAAGAAGAGGAGUUAUAUGAAAUACUGCAAGAAGAACUCCCAGAUCCAGCAACAGCUGAAAUUUAUGAGUUUCAUUUCAGUGACCUGCCAGUUUCAGAGAUUCACUUGGUGAAAUGUGCUAUUCAGAUGUAUUAUGAGCUGGAAGUGGUGGACAAGUUUCAUAUACCACAAGAGGUAUUAGUGCGCUUUUUAUUCUCUGUGAGCAAAGGAUACAGGAGAAUUACGUACCAUAACUGGCGCCAUGGCUUUAAUGUAGGACAGACAAUGUUCACUCUACUCAUGACAGGAAACUUGAAAAGAUAUUAUACAGCUCUAGAAGCAAUGGCUAUGGUGACUGCAGCUUUCUGUCAUGAUAUAGACCAUAGAGGCACUAACAACCUAUACCAGAUGAAGUCUGGACAUCCAUUAGCAAAACUUCAUGGCUCCUCGAUUCUAGAAAGGCAUCAUUUAGAAUUUGGAAAAACACUACUUAAAGAUGAGUCAAUAAACAUUUACCAAAACCUUAACAGAAGGCAGUAUGACCAUGCAAUCCAUAUGAUGGAUAUUGCAAUCAUUGCAACAGAUUUAGCUCUAUACUUCAAGAAGAGGGCAAUGUUUCAGAAGAUAGUAGACCAAUCAAAAACAUUUGACAGUGAAGAAAAAUGGACAGAAUACAUGAAACUUGAAGAUACUCGCAAGGAAAUCAUCAUGGCAAUGAUGAUGACAGCUUGUGAUCUUUCAGCCAUUGCCAAACCCUGGGAAAUACAGAGUAAGGUUGCACUGCUGGUUGCAGCUGAGUUCUGGGAGCAAGGAGACCUGGAAAGAACUGUGCUUCAGCAAAACCCUAUUCCCAUGAUGGACAGGAACAAAGCAGAUGAACUUCCAAAGCUCCAGUGUGGUUUUAUUGAUUUUGUGUGCACGUUUGUAUAUAAGGAGUUUUCAAGAUUUCACACAGAGAUACAACCUAUGUACGAUGGAAUUCUUAAUAACAAGAAGGAAUGGAAAGCUCUGGCGGAUGAAUAUGAUGCAAAAAUGAAAGCCUUGGAAGAGGAGAAGCAAAAGAGGGAAGGAAUACAAAUACCAAAACAAGGAGCAGCUGCCACAGGAAAGGAAAAUGGUGGGAAUGUCCCUGUUGCUGAACCAGCACCUCAGUCAAAGAGCUGUUCUAUCUUAUAA